AUGAGGAAGCUUGUCAAGAAGACACUCAACCUGCCUGAGUCAGCAGCCAAUGAAUACCUUUACGGAAGCACGCAAGCUGGCUGCUGCGCCAUCCCGAUGACCGCGGACGACUCAGACACAUUCCUGGUAGACACCGCAUUCAAGCUGCUCUCCUCCCGAGACCCUGCAACAGCGGACCUGGCCAGGAACCACCUCUCCCACACGAUCAGCAGGCGCAUCCAACGUACCCCUUCAAGCACCGAAGUUAACGAGUACUUGUCUGGCGGAAUGGAGGGAGACCUCGAGACUUCUCCCAAUGAGCUUCGAAACACCUGGACCCUAGCGAGACAAGCCUCGAGACGUCUUGGGAUCAGGUGGGAAAUCUUCCCCGACAACGCAACCAUCCACAUAGACGAUGCCAGCAUCUCCUCCUUCAACAAAAGCAAAGUCGUCCACACCAUCCGGGAGAAACGAAGAGGCUUGAAAGCCCAAACACGCAUCGCCAAACGGAGCCAAAGGAAGGCAAUGGAGUGCGUUGCCGCAUCUCGCAGCAGCUCGCACUUCCUCUUCUCCGGAGAAUAUACCCAGUUUGCCGACUGGAGGUUUAUCCACAGGGCGCGACUUAACCUCCUCCCUCUAAAUGGAAGCAAGCCAUGGAGAACGGGCCAAAACACCAGCUGCCGAACAUGCGUCUGA